AUUACCAAAAUCAUUUCUAAAACCCUAGACAAAAACCCUAGCCCUUUCCCCAAAUUCACAAGAACUCUACAACAAUGGCUUGGCGUGGUUCAAUUUCCAGAUCUCUCAUCCCCACCGCAAGGGCUGCCGCCUUCCGCUCUCCGCCGCCACUCUCCGCCCCAACCCGCCUAAUCCAUUCCCCGAUCGUCGCCCCUCGCCUCCGUCCUCCCCGCCUCUCCUUCUCCAACCCUAGGACACUGGGAGAACUAGGAUGUGCGCAGUCGUUGCUUCCAUUGAGUAGCAUGGCGGGAGUGCAGCUGACUUCACAUCUGUCUCUCAACGUGCGGGCUUUCUGUGAGCUGUCCCAUGGGAGGAUUGGAAAAGAUGGGUGAUUUCAGCAACGCUUCCCGGCAAUCAAAGGCUCCCUCACUCUACCCUGUACUUGAAUGUAUUUCUGGGUCUUGCGCAGAAGGAGCUCAAAGAUCUGGGUCUUAUCGUUAGGGGUGUCUUACUGGAACUUUUCCUCAUUACAUAGGAAAAACAAAUAAAGAUAUGUCCUUCCCUCCUUGCCUUUGCUGACUGAAUUGCAAUUAAUGGCUCAAUGUCUUAAAUUCUGAGACAUUCAAAAAUUGCUGCAUUAUAUAUGCAUGCAUAUGCUUGACCUGUAUAUUGGAGUUUGAGUCAUGAUGCUCUUUAAACUUUUGUGUUUACAAUCCAGAGAACUGGCUAUACAGUUGUCAAUUUUUUAUUUUCCCAAUUAAUUUGAAGUUUUACUGUUUUUUCUA